AGAUUCCAUGGAUUCAUUCCACGCCGUCGUUUCCGUGUUGCUUCCCCGGCCCAGCUCCUCCCUCUGUCUCCCCUCUCCCCCACCUUCUCUUGGAUUAGUCUCGCGCUCCCGAGAGGUCAGGAGGAGAAAAGUCACAGUCCAACUCUCUCGCCAUCUCUCUUUUUAACGCCUGUCCAGGUCUCGCCGCCAUUGCGUCAGGGACUCUCUCGGAACCCCGGUUCUUGCCAUACUCGCAGGUCUGCUUCGUCUGCCGGGGCUCCCGUCGAGGUCGAUCCUGCCAUCCUGGUUGAGCAUCAUUGAGUUAAAGAGAACAUGUUUCGGAAAAAGCAAGCUUCUCAUUUUGAUUCAGAUGAUGCUGAGCAGAGACAAGCAAAGAUCAAGGAACUAAGAGCUGCUCUUGGGCCUUUAUCUGGCCGUGGAGAGAAAUAUUGCGAUGAAGCAUGCUUGAUAAGAUAUCUCGACGCCCGCAACUGGAAUGUUGACAAGUCUAGAAAAAUGCUGAAAGAAAGUCUCAAGUGGAGGGCAACUAAGAGACCUGAGGAUAUUCGCUGGCCGGAUGUUUCCGUUGAAGCAGAAACAGGUAAAAUGUACAGGGCAACUUUCACAGAUAGAGAGGGCAGAACCGUGGUUGUAAUGAGACCGGCAAAGCAGAAUACAUCGUCUCACGAAGGGCAGUUGCAGUAUCUUAUAUAUACCUUGGAGAAUGCUGUUCUCAGCCUGCCUGAAGGUCAUGACAAAAUGGUGUGGCUGAUAGACUUCACAGGGUGGACACUGGCCCAUGCAACCCCCUUCAAGACUGCCAGAGACUGUAUGAAUGUCCUGCAAAACCAUUACCCGGAGAGGCUUUCAAUUGCAUUUCUGUUCAAUCCGCCCAAAGUAUUUGAGGCUUCUUUCAAGGUUCUCAAAGUACUGGUUGACCCGAAAUCAGCCCAGAAACUGAACUUUGUGUACAAGGAGAACGAUGAGAGCAUGAAGACUAUGUACAACCACAUUGAUCCGGAAGUCCUUCCUGUGGAGUUUGGAGGGAAGAACAAUGCCGUGUACAACCAUGAAGAUUACUCUAAGUUGAUGACAAAGGAUGACAUCAAAACAGCAAGCUUUUGGGCAGCAGAUGUUAACCAUGUCGUCAGCGUGGACUCGGUUCCUGAGGUUAAGCCGCAGUCGUCACUAAUUGUUGCUAAAGCGAGUUGAGGAACAUCGGCCAGCCAUCUUAUCUAUUAUUGCAAAAGUUGGUUGAGGAGCUUCAGUGAGCCGCUGUGACGGUUCUCGGUACAGCUCUGGAAGAGAAGAGGAAUGUAUCGAUAUGUUUGCAUAAAUAAAUGUAACUGCAGAAUAUCUCGCUUGUGAUGUUACAAAAAUAGUUAAUACAACAAUCCUAUAAUCCCUUGGCCAACAAUUUGACACACUGAAGAAUCCAAAGCCCUUUGGCGCAUGUCAGCGAUGCUGGCAUGUUACUCCCCAAAACGCUUCAGCUGACACUCAACAGCAACAGCGUGAUUCCACAGAUCCAGAUCCAUUCCACGGCGUCGUUUCGGUGUUGCUUCCUCAGCUCCUCCGUCCUCCCUCUGUCUCCCCCUCCCUCCCUCUCUUCCAUUAUUCUCGCGCUCCCGCCCCAGUCCAACUCUCUCGGCGCCUCUUUUUUUAAAUUUUAAUAACGCCAGCCGGCGACGCCUGCGCAGGUCUUGCCGGCACUGCGUCGGUGAAUCUCGCAAUCCCAGGUUCUUGGGCAUAGUAGCAGGCCCGGUCCGUCUCCCUGGGGCUCCUCUCCUCUCGUGGCCGAUACUGUGACUCUGCUAGCUAGUACGAACAUCACACCAUGGCGUUGCAGAGGGCGCCACGCCCCAUCGGCCGUGCCUGGAUCGAGAGACGGAGCCGCCCGCACGCGCUGGGGGGCGGGGGAACCUUCUCCCCUCCUCUUCCUUUGCCGAGUCCACGGCCGGCGGCAGCGGCUGGGUGAAGGGGAUCCUGCGUGACCACCAGGCCGACGGGACGGCGCGGGGGAGGUAGCUGCGCGCCUUCCACGGGGCAGCGGCCUCCAGGCGGGAGACGACGGCGGGGAGCGAGGACGGACAGGAGUGGGGGCUCUGUGCCGCCAUCCACCUUCCCCCCAACCCCUGAUCUAGAUCCUCCAUGGGGGGAAUUUUAGAUGAAGAAGAUAGAACUGACAUGUGGGCCCCACAUGUCGACAGACAAAAUUAAUGGAGUAGCACACUAGAAUUCGAGCUAAUACCUCCGUUUCAUAUCUUUUGAAUUAGCUUUGUCUUAAGUCAAAGUUCUCUAUAUUUGACCAAGCCUAUAAAAAAUUGCUAAUAUCUAUAACAUCAAAUA